AUGGAAACAUUACGUUCAUUCCAUUUGGUUUUACCUUCAUCUCAAGUAGUGGAGAUUGAACAGGGUAAAGAUUUUUUAUUUGGAAGUUCACUUGAUUGUAAUCUUAGACUUCAAAUUUAUGGUUGCUCUAGAGAACAUGCCAUAAUUAAAUUUAAUAAGCAAGGGAGACCAACAAUUUCCAAUCUUAGUAAAUUUAAUGUUACUUGUCUUAAUGGAUCCACCGUUGAAAAUGGUACAAGUGCCUUGUUAAAUGAUGGUGAUACCAUCGUUAUGUAUGGUAAGAAAUUUACCUUCAAAACAAAUGCAUUGCCAAUGACACCAAAAACACCAAAUCUUUCAAAAGUAUUUAAUAGUGAAAAGAAAGUACCACUCCAAAAUAUUUCAAAUAUUAUUGCUUCUAAAAACAAUACAAUUCCAACAACUAUUUCAAAGAUUAAUCAUUCAUCUCAAUUCUCAAAGAAAGCAAUUCCAAUUUCUUCAAAGUUUUUACAAACUAUGAAUCGAUCUACUAAUGAUGAUGAUGAUGAUGAUAAGGUUCAAAAUGAUGAUCAAGAUCAAGACCAAAAUGAUAGUGGUAGUUAUUUAAGUGAAUAUGAUCAAGAGCAACAAAGUGAUAUUGAAUAUGAUGGGGAAGGAGAUUAUUCAACCAUGAUUCAAGGUUCAUUUUCACCUCAAUCAUCCUCAGAGUAUGAUAAUGUUGGUGAUGAAAUUAAUACAAGUUUUGGUUCUGAACCAAGUAAUACUGAUCAUUUAAUACCUCUUACACCAAUGACUCCAUUAUCACAAGUUAUUCCAAAUCCACCAAUGACACCAUUUUCAGUUUUUCAAUCAUCUUCAACUUCAAUGGUUUCUCCACUUUUAAAAACUCCUUCAGGCCACCAAUUGGAUGCCUCUAAAUUUGUAAUUAAUACUCCAUCAAUUUUUGCUUCAACUUCAAAACAAUCACAACCACAAUAUACUCCUCAAAGUAUUUUUAAGAAUGUAAAUAAACAACCAAUCCAACAACAACAACAACAAUCACAAUCACAAUCACAACAAAAAGUUGUAAGUGAAUUGAUGAGAGCAACACCAAUUAAGGUUAAACCACCACAACCAUAUAUUCAUCAACAAACACCUAUGCCACCAAGACAACUUUCAUUUAAUAAACAACAACAACAACAACAAUCAACAUUACAAAAAUCUUUAAUUACCACACAAGUACCAUCAUCAAUACAAAAAGUAACUCAACAAAUACCACAAACACCUGUUACAACUCACACUGUAUUCCCUUACUCUGUAAAUACCAAUGAGCAAUUAGGUUUCCUUCCACUUACAAUUGAAACACCAUGGAAAUCACCUGCUGAUAAACAAAAUUCUUUAUUACAACAAUCAGAACAACAACAACAACAACAACAACAACAACAACAACAACAACAACAACAACAACAAUUUGAAUUUAAAUCACCACAAUCAACCACUAAAAAAAAUGUAAAUAUUAAGAGAGCAUCAACCAUUGUUGAAAAAACUCCAAAUAAUACACCAAACAAAAAUCUUAAUUCAACAUCAAAAUUAAAUCAAGAACAACAAUCAUUAGAAAUCAACAUUGAAAAUUCACUUUCUCCACAAAGAGCUUUUUCCGAAGUUAAUUCAAUGUUCAAUAGUCUUUUAACAAAGGAACAAGAGGAAAGUACUCAUACCAGUGAGAAUGAAAAGGAAUUUGAACAAGAAGAAAAUCAAGACCUUGAAAAUGAAGAAUUUGAUGAUGAAUCAUCUAAACAUGUUGAAGAAGAACAACAACAACAAGAAAUGAUGGAUGACAUUCAUCAAGAUGUUCAAAUCAAACCAAUUAUAAAAGUUGCUAAAAAAUCCACCUUUUUCAAAAGGGUAAGAUUAGUUUGGGCACCAAACAGAUAUAAUUCAUUAUGGAGAAGACAUAAUCGUGGAAAUCAUAUUCAUUCUUUGUCAAUUAAUUAUGAUGCUGCUGCUACUGCUGCUGCUGGUGAUGAUGAUACACAUCAAAAUGAUGGUAAUGUCGAGAAUGAGAAAGAGGAAGAGGAGGAGGAUAAUGGACACUAUGAACAUGAUGUUAUCAACCAAGAAUUUAUUCAAUCAAUUAAAAAGAAAUAUCCUAUCAUCUACAAUAGUUAUGAAAACUCUGACAUUAUUAAUUUUGCUGAUACUCCACAAAAAGAAGUUUGUCAAUUUGAUGAUGAUUCUGAAACAGAAUCAGAUGUUUCGAUGGACCAUUUACCAUUCGAUUCAGUUAGUAAUCAAGUAGAUGAUAAGGUAGAGGAGGAAGAAGAGGGGGAAGGAGAAGUAGUUGAUGAAAAUGCCAUUGAAGAGGAAUUUGAUGAAGAAGUUGAUGAAGAAAUUGAUGAAGAAGUUGAUGAAGAAGUUGACGAAGAAGUUGAUGAAAAAUUUGAAGAAGUUGAUGGAGAAGUUGAUGAAGAAUUUGAUGAAGAAGUUGAUGAAGAGGUUGGUGAAGAAUUUGAUGAAGAAUUUGAUGAAGAAGUUGAUGAAGAAGUUGAUGAGGAAGUUGAAGAAGUUGAUGAAGAAGUUGAUGAAGAAGUUGAUGAAGAAGUUGAUGAACAGGUUGAUGAUAAAGUUGAUGAACAAGCUGAUGAACAAGUUGAACAAGUUGAAGAUGUUGACGAGGAGAGAGAAAAUGAAACAUGUCAAGAGUUCGAAAAAGAACUUAAAGUUAAUGUAGAUGAAGAGACUGAUCUUCAAAAUGAACCAGAAGUUGAUGAACAAAAAGUUGAAGAAAAGAAAUCCUCCAAAAAGAGAAAACAAAAAGAAAAACAAAAACAAAGACAAAAAGAAAAAGAGAAAGAAAAAGAGAAAGAGAAAGAGAAAGAGAAAGAAAAAGAAAAAGAAAAAGAAAAAGAAAAAGAAAAAGAAAAAGAAAAAGAAAAAGAAAAAGAAAAAGAAAAAGAAAAAGGAAAAGGAAAAGAAAGAGAAAGAGAAAGAGAAGAGAAAGAGAAAGAGAAAGAGAAAGAGAAAAAGAAAGAGAAAAAGAAAAAGAAAGAGAAAGAGAAAAAGAAAAAGAAAAAGAAAAGAAAGAGAAAGAGAAGGAGAAAGAAAAAAGAUCAACCAAACAAAAUACUUCAAAGUUAUUGA